AUGGCGUCAGACUCUGUUAAGCAAACGCCUAUCCACGGCGGAACGCUCAUCUCCGCCGCAUACGUAGAUAUCAAAGGCUUUUUCUCCGCCGUGAAACCAAGAAAAGCCUCAACUUUUGUAUACGCCUUCGUCAUAACCUUUGUUGCCUUCACCGUUUUCUUAUUCAUUACUCCUUCUCCCAUCACUGUCUCUCACUCCAUUCCUUCAUACAUUCUCCCUAAUGUCACUGUCUCCGUCAAUAACACCACAUUAUUUCCAGCACCCGCGCCGGAAAAUCUCACUUCGGCUACUAAAAACACAACCUUUGAGUCUCCCAUCAGUAAUAGAACAUAUUCACUUGCUAGAAACAAUGCUUCUCAGGCCCGGACCGAGCAUGCAAGGGAGAACAUGUUGUCUCCCGACAACAAGACUAAUGAUUCUGUUAAAAGUUCCGACAAAUAUGGAUACGCGGAAGCUCCUCUGUCUGAAAAUCUAACCGUCAAUUCCUCUGUUUUCAAGAGAAAACAGAGUAAAAAGUCGUGGAAGAGACGAGAGAUAAAGACUCUAAAGAACUGCGAUUUUUACGAGGGAGAGUGGGUCAAAGACGAUACGUAUCCGCUUUACAAACCCGAAACUGAAGUGGAAGCCAAAGAAAUGUACUUUACCAAGGAUUAUGAUUGCACUGUGGAGUUCUUUGCGUCACCUUUCUUGGUUCAAGAAUGGGAAGUUUCGGACAAGAACGGGACUAAGAAGGAGACUUUGAGGUUAGAUUUGGUUGGGAAGUCGUCUGAGCUUUACAAAGGAGCUGAUAUUCUUGUGUUCAAUACUGGACAUUGGUGGACUCAUGACAAAACUUCCAAAGGGGAGGAUUAUUAUCAAGAAGGAAGUAAUGUAUACUCAAAACUCGACGUUGAUGAAGCUUUUAGGAAAGCAUUAACUACUUGGAGUCGAUGGGUUGAUAAGAAUGUGAAUCCAAUGAAGUCUCUUGUGUUCUUUCGUGGAUAUUCCCCUUCACAUUUCAGUGGUGGGCAAUGGAAUGCAGGAGGAGCGUGUGAUGAUGAAACAGAACCGAUCAAGAACGAGACUUACCUAACGCCUUACCCUUCUAAAAUGUUAAUACUUGAAAAAGUUUUAAAGGGGAUGAAAACGCCGGUCACGUAUCUCAACAUCACGAGGUUAACAGAUUACAGAAAGGAUGCUCACCCGUCAGUUUAUAGGAAACAGAAACUAUCUGCAGAAGAAAGCAAAGCUCCAUUGUUGUACCAAGACUGUAGUCACUGGUGCCUCCCAGGUGUGCCUGAUUCUUGGAACGAGAUUCUCUAUGCUGAGAUGAUUGUAAAGCUAAACCAGCUUCGCGGUAAUAGAAGACGGAAACCUAAAGGUGUAUAG